GGUAGAGAGGACUUUCUACCGCACCGGUUGGCACCCUCGUCAGAGGCCCGGCUGGUUCGGAGACCCAGCGUCCAACUCCGCCUUAACGUCAACUCCACUAUUCCCCUUCUGGGCGGGAGGCGUGACUGCAACCAAGGAAGGGGUGUGUCCGGGGGGGCGUGGCGAGGAGCGGGGGCGUGUCCCGCCCAGGCUCUGGCCUCUCGCGCUGGGGACGCCGCGCCGCAGACGGCCGGAGGGAGCUGCGGCGGGCUGGGCUGGACGCGCUGCUGCUGGCCGUGGGAGCCGAGCGAGAAGGCUGGGCGGAGCGGGCGCGCGCUUUGCUCCGGGGCAGCCGCUCGCUCGCUAUGAAUGCUGCCCGGGCUCUGCUCUCCGCCGUGUUCCUCGCGGGUUUCUUCUGGGGGGAUCUUCCCUGUUGCCAGCAGGCCACCGUCCCCGCCGCCGCCGCCGCGCCGUCUCUCCGGGAGUCCGGCAAAGGCAAGCGGAGCUGCCGGGAAGGCGGAGCGUCCCGAUCGGCUGGAGACGCGGCCCCAAAGGGACCCGCUGCAGCCCAGCCGCGAGUGGAGCCCCACGAGUACAUGCUCUCCCUCUACCGGACCUAUUCCAUCGCCGAGAAACUGGGCAUCAACGCCAGCUUCUUCCAGUCCUCCAAAGCAGCCAACACCAUCACCAGCUUUGUGGACAGGGGGCGAGACGAUCUUUCGCCCACCGCUUUAAGGAGGCAAAAAUAUUUGUUUGAUGUAUCGACUCUCUCAGACAAAGAGGAGCUGGUGGGGGCCGAGCUCCGUCUCUUUCGCAAAGCCCUCGGCGAUCCCUUCUCCAAAGCUCAGACAGGCUUGGCCCGUCUGCAGGUCUCGCCCUGCCUUUCGGGCCGCCGUUUGGACUCCAGGACUCUGGACUUGCAGGAGGCGGCGCCUGCCCGGCCCGGUGGCGACUGGGAGGUAUUUGAUGUGGGGCAAGCUUUACAGCCUCUUCGCGGGGCCUGGAAGAAGCGACAGCAACUUUGCCUGGAGCUGCGGGCCGUCGGGGGGAUUCGAGCUCACCCCCCUCCGCAGCUGCUGGACCUGCGUCCCCUAGGUCUGGGGCGAGGCGCCCGGGCGCAGCAGGAGAAGGCGCUGCUGGUGGUCUUCAGCAAGUCCAGGCGGAAGAACCUCUUUGCGGAGUUGCGUCAGGAGCUGGGAGUCCGGCCACUGCCGCAAAACGCUCCCGCGCUACCCUGGGAAGCAGCGGGCCCAGUCCAACUGCGCUUUCAGGCCCGCCGGAUGAAGCGCUCCGCGUAUAACAACCGGCACGGCAAGCGGCACGGCAAGAAGGCGCGGCUCCGGUGCACCAAGAAGGCGUUGCACGUGAACUUCAAGGAUCUGGGCUGGGACGACUGGAUCAUCGCCCCGCUCGAGUACGAGGCUUACCACUGCGAGGGCGUGUGCGACUUCCCGCUGCGCUCGCACCUGGAGCCCACGAACCACGCCAUCAUCCAGACCCUCAUGAACUCCAUGGACCCGGGCGCCACGCCGCCCAGCUGCUGCGUGCCGGCCAAGCUGACGCCCAUCAGCAUCCUCUACACGGACGCGGGAAACAACGUCGUAUAUAAACAGUACGAGGACAUGGUUGUCGAGUCCUGCGGAUGCAGGUAGCGGCGCGCCUCCGUCCCCGGCUGCCCCUGGAGCGGAAGGGCGGACGAGAGAAGCAUCGGGCACUUUCUCCGGUGGAGAGCGAAAGCGCGCGAGAGACACGCGAGGGAAAGCAGAAGGAAGCGCGCCACGUGCGAGCCCUCGCUCUGCGCUAGGGAGGGAAAAAUGGGCUGCCCGGACUGCGCCUGCGCAAUGUCUGCUUAAGGGGUUCAAAUUCCUGCUCCUAAAGAGCCGGGAGAGAGAAAGUAUCUGACGCCGUUUUGGGAACAGCCUCAAUAUUUCCGCGUCCAGGCAAAGCCGUAGGUAGAAUGGGAGAUUUUGCUCAGAAAACACGUGGAAAAAGUUGCUGUGGGGAGAAUGAAGGCUGAAUGAUUGACGUCACUCCUCGACUGGAAGCUGGAACUACCCAAACAAGUAGUGACCCAUUUUGCGGAAAUUAAGCCUUGUUUUUGAAUCCGGAAACACAAGGUUUUCUGGGAGAAUUCACUGCCCCUUUCCUUGUAGUAUAUGUCCUUGUACUUCCUGGAAGAAAAUAAAAAAGAAGAAUCAGGGAGGUUACCCAAGUCUCUUAAGAGAGGCAACGUGAGGGAUGUGUGGGUCAGAAACUGAAUUGUGGGAGGCAGGCAGAGACACGCGUCGUCGGUUACUUUCGUAACGGGCGCUAGCCUAUUGCACUCCUCUCGUUGGCAGAACUUGGGCUUUACAUUCAGGUUUUAAAACGGACUUUUAUUUUUUCUCCCUGCUCCCGUGUCGUUCACAUGUGCGGACAAGCUGUGUUGAAACGGCAAUCGAUGGCUUCUAAUUUCCGACUUGAAGGCAACGAAGUCAAACUACACCACUUCCAAAGCAGGAUUCUGUUCCAAGAAUGUAGUCCUGGCAUUCUCUUCUAGGCUCUCUUUUAAGAGAAGGUAUUAGGGAAAGCAAGUAUAGAAAACGUUUAGUUUGACAGUCUUUGAAUCCAGAAUUACCUUUGUGUUUCCCUUACAAAUAUUUCCAUCCUAAAAUAGAUUAAGUAAUUCCUUCUUCCUCUAAAAAUAUACAUAAAUAAAAAUCAGUCCUACUCUAUAAUUAUUAGUUCGGUGGCUGAUCUUUUAAAUCUAUUAAUUAGAAGCUAUGAGAAGAGCCAGGGGGAGGGGGACACACUAGGAAGGUUUAGAGAGGGUGAAAGAGCUCCUUAAUUUCAAAAUAUUAAAAAUUCAAAAGUUCCAGGAAGGGCAGGUAGGCGGGCUGGCCAGCUGCAGUGGUGUUUUAUAGUCCAUGCAGAUGUGAUGCUGAGGAAGACAAUAGUUAAACACUGCUCCACAAAUAAGGCUCUUCACUGAAGACUUAGAAAUAUUCCUGAGAUUCCUUAGGCAUUUCCUUCCCUUGUGGACUCAGGAUUUCAUAGAACUUCAGAAGGGUGGGGAGAGUGGAGGAAAGAAGUAUUAGUGUAUAAAUUAAUAGAUAAAUAAUAUAAAGUGCUAAUAAAGGAGAGCCUUGAUCAGGAGCGAUAAUUUAAAAGAAAGUGCACACUUUGGUUUGGAUACAGUGUUGUUCAUAUUGAAGCUGUAAAUAUUUAUUUAAAACAGACUGCAAAGUACAAAAAUGGAGGUGAGCAAUGUACAUUUCCCCUUUUCCCUUAAUGCCCAGAGCAUUAUAUGCACUCAAGCGUCUAAUAUUUUUAAAAUAUAUUUGAGCUGUACAGAUUUAAGCAUUAAUCAAAUGUUUCAUUUGUAUGUCUGUAAUGAUACCAUUUUGUCCACUCAAAAAUGUUCCUGCAAGAUUUAAAAUUAUGUGCUAAUGAAGAAUUCUUUGUUUCUACUGUCUACCUCACUAAGUUGCGAGGGCUUGAUCUUCUGGAAAGACUCAACAAUCAGGCCUGGUUCCCAUUCAUUUCAGUGAUGCUCUGAGCAGGACAUCCUGCUGGGUUGUAUUUCAAAUAUUUACAGCACAGCAAUCCUCUGCACACUUACCCAGGAAUAAAUGCCAUUAAAUAGUUAGAGCUUAUUUCUGAGUUAGAAUGGAUGGGAUUGUUGUCUAAUGUCCUCCAAGAUCAGUUUAUACCUAGAACAUUUUUACAGUAUACUUUUGCUGGAUGGUAUUAAAACUAUGACUGUAUUAUUAAACUUUUUGCAUAAAAAUGUUGUUUUUCCCGUUAUAGUUAAUAUAACAGAAUAAAUAUAUGUUAAUAUAACAUAUAUUUAUUUUACCAGAAUGUUGGCUAUAAUUUCUAAAAAUGCUCUCAGCAAGUUUGAAACAACCAACUCCUCAAAACCCAUCUGUCUGCAUUUUAUAAAACUUUUGAAAUACUUAUGGUUUGCCUUUUAUUAAGAGUAGUGUUAACAUUUAUAAGUUUAGACUGCUUUGAUCUGUUUAAGAGAUGCUACUAUUCAGAGAAACAUAAAGAUGUGUUAGACCUAUAUUUGUAACAAAAAAAAUAUUUUAUGGGAAAGAAAAGUUGUAAACAGUAUUGGUACCCAAUACUGUUUCAAGGUUGGUUUCCUAUGGCAGUGAUAUUUUGUGAAAAUGAACAAGUGCUCAUUUUUGAAACACAGGUGCCUGGAUUGUAUAGUCCUGUACUGGAACAUGGAACUCUUAUACAUAAAGGUUGUGCCAAAAUAAAGUGGGCAUCUUUGAAAUGAGGCAGUAUCCCACAAUGCCCUUUUCCCAUGUUUUCAAUGUCUUGAUAAUGGAAAGGGGAGUUUGAAUCAACUAUUAAAGUAGGCCAAACUAGAAAACUAAUGGCAUGUAGAGCAGUGCUACUUUUAUUACAAAGCUAUAAAAACAGAAACUUUCAGAAACUUUUGAGCAUGCUCUUCCUAUCUCCUUUUAUCCUCCCUUACUGUAUACGAGGUAAGAGCUUGUCUGAAAUAUUUACAUUCUUGGUCAUGGCUCAGGCUUCUUUUGCCUGAUUAUUGCCUUGUUAGAGAAUCUUCCUCCCGUUCCUCAAGGCCAUUCCCUCAUCAUACUACAGCUUGUGACAUCCUUGGCAAGAGGAGACAGAAAUGUUGGCCUUUUUUAUAAUUUGUGGAGGAACCUUCUGUAAUAGAGCUAUGUUGAUUUGGCAACAAGCAAAUUUAAGUGCCACAGUCUUAGAGACUUUGUACAGUUGAGGAAUUGUACAAAGGGGGAAGUUUAUAAGCCAUAGAAUACUUCUCUUUGGAGUAGCCAUUUGAAGAAAUGUGUUUAUUGAACCAAGUGGAGAAUCCCCGGGGUUGGGUUAGCACUGACUCACAGCAAAGCUUGCAUAUGUGUUGAUGGGGGUACAAUGUGAGAAUGGCUAAAAUUGUCUAUCUCCUGUGAAUUUAGAACAGGUUAAGGCUACAAAGCAGGAGACCAUGAAUUCAAGUCCCACCUUCGCCUUGAAAUCCAGUUGGGUGAUUUUUGCCCAGUCUUUCUCUCUCAGCCCAGCCCUUCUCACAGGUUUGUUGCUGUUGUAGGGAAAAAAGGAGGAGGAAGAUCUGUUGGAGAUGUUUCCCACUUGAGUUGUUUGUAAAAAUAAUAAAGGUGGGAUACAAGUAAGUAAGUGAAUCUUAUUUGCACCAGUGGCAUCUAGGCAUCUUUAAUAUAUCCAGUAGAUAGAAGAAAUUAAAAGUGGUAAGAUGUAGUUCAUAGAACUAUAAGAAUUAGAACAUCAUUCUUUUCUUGCAACAAUAAUAGAUGCUUGGCAAUGCACCUCUUGGAAAAGAAUAGUAGUGAGCAAUGUGUACUCAUAUGUUUGGAUCAGAGAACAAUAAAUGUAUUCCAUUUAUUCCCAGGAAAUUCUUGCCAUUAUUCUCUACUGAUGCAUUCU